AUGGACACACCAACUGGAUUGGUUGUUCAGAUAGAACCCGAAAGUGGAUCCGCACUGCCAACCCUGAGCGUUUUGAUGCGAUUUUUGAUCCUGAAGUACUACUCGCAUUGCUACAGCUUCUGUACGAUUGGAAGAGAUUUUGUCGCGGAUGUAACAGUGAGUAGAACUUUGCUGCCCGUAAACGAUCAGCUCGGGACCAACUUGCUGCUCGCAAUCAAUAAUGGCUGCCAAGCGUUUGUGGUCGACGAACCCGGCAUCGGGAGCUUUCUGGACCUUUUCAUACCUGUGCACGAUGGUGCACGGCAGCGAUCGUUGGACAAACGAUUGAUCUUGCUAGUAACGCAACAGAAUCAAACGCAACUGUUUGAUCGUUUAAGAUCACAUGGCGCUUUUCGUGAGACACCGAACGUGCUGAUAGUGGUGUACAGUGAGCAAGAGAAGCCAACGAAUCUUUAUACAACUACCCUCAGUAUUACGGAUGUGCUUGAGCGCAAUGUGAACGUUACGUUCCAGCAACUUACGAUCGAUUGGAAUCGUUGGAAAUAUCAUACAUAUUUUCCGGACAAAUCGAGCGAUCUGAUGGGAUACGUGUUACGGACGUCCAUGUGCAAUUAUCUACCCUUCACAAGCUAUGAACGGUUGUCCGAUGUCAAUGCCGGCAAUGCCAUCGAUUCGGAAACGGGAAAACGCUCGAUAUGGUUGGAUGGAACGGAAUUACAGUUGCUGGUUUCUUAUUGCCAGCGGCGAAAUUGCAACAUUGUGGUAUUUCCGGAAGAUGAAGACGAAUGGGGUGACGUGUACCCGAAUGGUACCGGUAACGGGCUGAUGGGCAGUGUAGCCGAACGUCGAACCGAUAUUGCUUUCGGUGCGUUCUAUCUUUGGUUUAAGCCGUACAACUUCUCCACCUACACGGCAACGAUCAGUCGCUCCGGUGUGACCGUGCUUGUACCAAAGCCGAAAAUGCUACCCUUUUGGCGAACUCCCUUUCUUUCGUUCUCCUUACCACUGUGGAUAGCGGUGAUGAUGACACUGUUAGCCGGCAUAGUGGCAGUAUGGAUUGCCGGGACAGUACGGCACCGGUUGCUGUUGCUGUCGAUCGGUGUCGAUGGUGGUCCAUCGGAACUCAUCGCCGAACAGCUAACACUAAGCGAUGCCAUUCUCAUGAUCGUAGGGUUCUUUGUGGCCCAAUCGUCAGCCAUUCGUACCGAUCUUUGGUCGUGCGUCUUUCUCUUUACCUCACUACUGUUGGCCGGAUUUAUGGUGAGCAAUCUGUACAGUGGUGGGUUGGCAAGUGUGAUGACUGUGCCGCAGUACGAGACAUCCAUUGAUACGGUGAAAGAUUUUGCCUCUACCGGGAUGCCAUUGUACGGUCCUACGCUCUACUGUUUGGAGGAGAUUUGGAACGCUACCGAGCCUCAUCUGCAGCAAAUUAAUAAAACGUAUGUUACGGCCGCACCGGAAGAGACCAGACGGCAUGUACGCGAGGGACACAGUGGGUUCAUUAUCGAACAAGCGCAGCACGGUAACUUUGCACCAAGCGACUUUCUCGAUCGCGAAUCUUCGAAGACUUUGCAACCAUUGAAGGAUACCAUUUACACCCAAAACUGUGCGGCACUGAUUACCAACACGAAUCCGCUCCGCUCGAACCUGAACGAGUACAUAUUGCGGGUACAGCAGUCGGGUAUACUGUACCAUCUAGGAACGCGGGCCGCCAUCCGGUACCUUCCGACCGAUGUGAUGCAAAACAUUGAACGGGCGCGGAUUCAUCAGCAUGACGAGAGUGCGGUCAGGCUUAAGAUUGGUCACUUUUUGGGUGCAUUCUUUAUACUCGGCUACGGGUUACUGUGUGCUGCAAUUAUGUUUCUUGGUGAGCUGUGGGGCAUAGUGAUCGUACGGUGGAUGGGUGAGAUGUUUGCGAGGAAGGUAACGGUCGUCACCAGAUUUUGA